AUGGCAUUGUUCAAGAGAGGUGGUAAUAUACUAAGGCAGACCGUCACCAACAAUGAGUUCAUGUCGUUAGUGGCGAUGAUACGAUGCGCGUCAAAUUGGAAACUGUUUGUAGGAGGACUUGGACCGGAAAUAAAUAGUACGCUUUUGCGAGAAGCUUUUAGUGUAAACGGUGAAGUCAUUGAAGCUAAAGCAGUGAUGGAUAGAAAAAGUGGGAGGUGUAGAGGUUAUGGCUUUGUUGAAUUUGCAAACUAUCACUCUUUGGAUUUCACUCGAAACCAUGGAUCAGAGUUGUAUGGUCGGACGGUGACUGUGAGGUGGGCCAAGGAUAGUCGUGACGAGUAUACAUUGGAGGAUGCUAUUGCGGAUGGUUGUGGGGAUAUAUCCAACUGGAAGGAAGAUGAGGAUAAGGAUGAGGAUGAAGAUGAAGAUGAAGAUGGAAGUUGA